AAGCCACCGUUACAAACAUUGCUGAUGAGUGAGGGGGAUUAGAUGCGAAAGAAAGAUAGCAGUGAAAAGGAGUAUAAACAAAUAGAGAGAGAGUAGCAUGGUGAAACUGACAAAAACAGACGAUAAGGAACUUGAGAGAAUAUGUUUAGGAGAUGAGUGAAAGUAAGGAAAAUAUGUAGAAUCUUUUAGAGAGUGAGUGAAGAGAAACGAAAUUUACUCAUGUAUUGAGAGGGAGAGAAAGGAAGUAUUAUUAGAAAGAGAGAGAUGGCCGAGGAUUUUAGUAAACAUACUUUGUUACCAGGACGUUUAAAGUCGUUGUUCCUAGGACAUCUUUGCUCCUCCAGUUUGGAGGAUUAAACAAGCAACGUAAGAACAGUGAGACGUUGAUUGACUCAGGAACGAAGCCUGAAGUUUUGAGCAGAAGGAAUAGUCAAUUACAUCAACCCCAGUACUUGACUAGUACUUUAUUUUAUCAACUCUGAAAUGAUGAAAGGCAAAGUCACCCUCAGCAUGAUUUGAACUCAGAAAAUAAACACUGAAUAUUGAUUUUUAAAGAACUUUCAAAAACAAGAAUCUCAAGCAGAAAUCACCAUCCAUUCAAGAAUACUUUACAAAGACAUCAUUCCUUUCAUUGACUCCUCAUCCAGUUCUAUAACUAGAUCUGACUGGGAACAUUUCUGGAUCCUUUUCAAAUAUUUCAGCUUUCCCAUGACAUAAGUGUAAUGGCAUUUAGUAGUUUUGUCUACAAACCACUGUGAAACAUUACACCCUGCAACAAAGUACCAGUGGCACUGUUUUGGGGGAUGGUAUUCAAAUGCAACUGUUAUUGACCAGUGUUGAUUUUUUACAUUCCUCAAGAACAUUAUAGGACCAGUAUUGUACACUGCAAUCCAUCUCUUACACAUCUCCAUAUUGCAAUUUGAUGCAUUUCUACAACUCUUUAUAAUACAUCCAACAACUCGCUCCCUUAGAUCUGUUUAUUAUGUAUACACAGAUAUACACACAUCCAGUACAAAAAAAUUAUAUAUACACAUAUAUUAAAUAUAUAAAAUCAUAAAGGAAAAAAAUCCAAGUUAUUGAUCUGAUGGUCCACUUGUGUAACUCCCUAUCCAAAUUCAAGUAAUAAUAUCCAUGCACCUCACCUUUUGAAAACUUGUAGGAUUGGAACAUAAAAGCAUACAAUAUUGAACCAGAUGGUUUUACUACCCACAGUGACAUUAUAUUUUCACACAAACUGCCAUAGCUCUUGUUUGAAUAAGAGACAUUGGCAUUUGUCACAUUGGCUUAACAGUGUUCUUUGGAAUACUAGAUAUUAACGAAAGAUAUCGACUUCAACUUAUAUAACACAUGCACACUCUCACACACACACACAUAUGACAUCUAUCUAUAUAAAUUGUAUAUAUAGCAUAUAAAUAAACACAUAAGUGUGUGUGAGUACGUGCAUGUACACGUCUGUUAUUUUACAUGUUUAAGUUGAUUGAUGAAAAUCUCUCUGAACUAUCAUUUGAUCAUAAGAAUUUGUAAGAAGAGAAAAAGGAAGAAAUAUUUGUAGCAGGAUAAAAAUUCUUGCUUUUCUUUGUUGUAGUUUUGCUUCCCUGCCACUCACACAUUUCUUCAGUUGUUUCCUGCAUCCUCCUUUUGCAUUUUCUCACUUGUGUCCUGCCUUCUCUCCUUCCCCAUAUUUCCUCACUCAAUUCCCCACCCACUCCCUCCAAAUAUGGAACAACAUCAAUCCAGUUUCAAUUCCCACCUGGCACAACUUUGUGCCACAUUCAACUUUUGUUUUUAUGAAGUAAUGAACUGAAGAGAGCCCGUUGAUAAAAUGUUAGAUCUGAAUGGUCAUCAUUUUCUUUUAUUUGUCAGUCCCUGACCCUAAUUAACCAGCAGGACAGCCAGCCUCUUUUGUCCUCCAUCUCUACCCUACCCUCUCAAAACACUCCCUACUUUACUUAAAACCUCCCCUUAAAACUGCUUUUGAGAUGGGAUCUGGCAUUCCUUUAUUGAAUGAGUAUAAGCAGGACUUUUUUUUGAAGAGGUUGCCCCAAACAAUAUUGGGCGGCCCUAAGCUGCGACUUGGCUAUGAUGCUCCGACAUAUGUGUAUCUGUCACAGAUAUGUUUCUUUAUCUGCCCAUGCAUCCUUGCUGCGAUGUUCACAACACUUGUCGAGCUCUACCUCCUUCAAUCGGAAGUGGCAGCCUACAUCUUUGGUGCUAUCAUGUUCAUCUUUGUCAUCUCUGUGCAAGUUCUGUCUACAGUGUGCCAGCAGUCACAGAAGUCAAGUGAGGCUGUUGUCACCAAGAAGCACUGUGCGUUUUCUGAGGACGAUGAGGUGGAAUUCACAGCCUGCUGUGCCCCUGAGACACUGGAGUUUAUUGUGCCAGUGAAGAAGUAUAGAGUCAACAUCCUGAUCCAUUCUGUGAUAUCAGGCGUGAUGUGUGGCUUGGCACUACUUGCCUUGCUGCCUGUGUCAAACAUCAAGCCCCUCUACAACAGCGAUGUUGCUGCAGUUCUGCUCUUCUUGUUUGGCUGGUUAUCUGUGUGCAUUGCACAGUACUCACUGACUGUUGGUGCACCACCAGAGCCAGCAACAUUCCGGACAAUGGACACCUAUGAAAUAUCUCAUCUGAUGCGGCCGACCUAUGUCUUCAUAUGUGUCAUUGUGGAUGCUAUUCAAAGACAAUAUCCCUCAUCUUAUGACCUCCUGAUUGCUAAUCAGGUACUUCACAUUUUCAUGGCUUGCUUACCAAUAUGUUGGACAUUUGGCAUGUUACCACCGAUAGAUGCUGGCCUCCUAUGGCUAGUAGAACAAAGCCAUAUAUUCCUCUUAGGUGGAUCUCCAAUGGCUUCGAAUCUCAGGUCAUGUUUGAUGCUAGCUCUGUCUGUCUGUAUCUAUCUGGUAGUACUCUAUAUGCCCGUCAUGCUGGGUUCCAUUGUGAUAGCUGCUGGCUUCGGCUAUCUGCUCAGCUUGGACCUGGGUGGACUUGGUACCCAGCUCAUCCAGCACCUCAUUGCCACAUCGCCCCCUCCCCCAACCUCCUUUCCUGCCAACACGAUCAACAGCCACCAUAGCAGCAACAGCAGUUGCAGCAGUCACAACAGCAACAACAGCAGCAGCAGUAACAACAACAAUAACAACAAUAUCCACAACAACAACAAAGCGACCCUCAUGAAGGACAAAGUCACACUUGUUGCAUCGAAUGGAGCUCAAGGUGGUGGUGGUGGUUGUGGUUUUGGUGGCGGUAGUGGUGGUGGCAGCAUUGGCAGUUGUGGUGGAGGUAGUGGUGGUAGUAGUAAUGGUAGCAUGGUCAGCUGUGGCAGUAGAGGUGGUGGAAAUGAUAGCUGGAUCAACGGCUACAGUAAGGGUUUCAUGUGGAGCUGGGGUUAUCGAGAGGUGCUCUACCACACACUAAUGACCUUAUGUGUCAGCCUCGAGUCUGGAGUACUCUAUUUCUUUGACUAUGCACUAAGUACCGAGCUAGCCUGGUACUCACUUGGCUACAUCACUGUUGGCUUUUGCAUUGUAGAAAAGGUACUGCAAGACAUCCAGAGAGUGUACAUUGUGUUUGGGCUGUGGCGUAACCCUCUCUAUCCGCAUACCGUACACCGUGUCAGUGUUUACCAACGACGUAAAAGCAUCCUCAAAGUUUUUGGUUUCCUAAGGAAGUGCAUCAUAAAAUGGGCUGGACCCAUGGUUAUGAUUGCAUAUUUGAUAGUAUGUUUGAAACCUGUACAGUCCACUAUACCUCUUAUAGACCAGAUGAACAAUACACGGCUUAUAUGGUGGUCUCUAGGCAUCAUGCGCAGCUUCAGAUGGGUGUGGCAGAGCACAGUGCAUUCUCUGUUUGAAGUUUCUCUCUGCCAUUUUUUUAUCCUCAUGAAACCAGUUGAUAUUUGGCUGUUAAAGAGGCAGUUUGCUCCUCUGCUGCUCCUUGGCCUCAGCCUUGUACGAGAUCGUUUCAUUCAGUUCAUCAACAAGGUCUUCUUCUUUCUCACUAUCCUCAUCACUUCACUGACUGACCGAAAACUGAGACGACAAGGAACGGGCACCAUAUUCUGCCUCUCCAUCCUCUUCCUGCCGGUCGUAUUGCUACUAAUAGCUGUUACCACGGUGAUAAGUGCACCACUGCUGCCACUCUUCACUCUGCCACUUCUCUUCAUUGGUUUCCCCAGACCAAUCAAGUUUUGGCCAGCUUCAGUAGGCAGUUCAGCUAACAUCUGUCCUGACUCUAUCUACUACCGCCAGUUUGCAAUGGCCCUUGUUCGCAGCCUGCACAGUGCCUUCACAUCAGGAUCCUUGGGUGAUCCAAACCCAGGGAAUUUUUAUUUGGUACGUUUCCAAGACCGUCUUGCCUGGAUCAGUGUGUUGGAACAAGGCAGUAGCCACGUGUCAAUCAGUGUGAAGGGACUUGAACUUCAGGAGACUACGUGCCACACAGUUGAGGCGACACACAUCGACACACACUUUGAGAGUACGUUUGAACCCCACCUGCACGGCAGCACAGUAUCAUCAGCUUUCAGUUGGAAUUCCUUCAACAAGUACCCAUUCCACACGCUUACACCUUAUGAUGCGUUCCCGGUACAGACCUACUCUGAUGCACGCAGUGUUCUCAUUGGGGUGAUUGACUCACCCAACAGCCUCUUGAUUGCAAAAUCUUACUUUCUUAAGAGUUUUGUUUGGUUACUGCUUCACCAUGUGUUUAAAGUGAAAGAGAAGAAGGAGGAAGGACAGAUGCCCUUUAUGGAAAAAAUGCCCCAAAUUAUUGACAUUCCUGGGGAGAAGUCUGAGAAAAUAUCCAUGGCUGAUCACGACCUUUUUGCCGUGGGCAACAGUUUCCGAAUAGAUGCCAGCCAGGCUUCAUCACGUCCCUCUACAGCUGACUCCUCUAUUGCAGCCAAUGCAGCUGCUGCACAACGGCGCAAGUUAUCGUGGGCGUCGUCUGUUGCCAGCUUCACGGACAGCGUCUGGUCUGAGGACCGGGACACCCUGGACAACCGAAAGAAAGCCCCGAUGACUGUGCUGAAGAAGGACCAGAUCUCACCCAUCACCAUAAUUGUCCAACCUCGGGCCAAACCAGAGAUCACUGAGGAGUCGGAAGAUGAUGAUCUGUUUGUUGAACCGUCUGUGUUUGGUUUACCAGUUACUGAUAUCAACAGUAUUUCACCUCAGCCAUGUUACUCUAAGAACCAACAGAAGAAGCUACACUCCAACGGCAGCAGCAGUAUCUACCGUCCCCUGACCAGUCUUGCUGGCUCCCCAGACUUCAAAUGCAUCUACUCAUCACAGUUGAGCCUCCCAGUUAAAUGGCGUGAGUUACCAAUUGAGCCAACCUGGCUCCUUAAACUCCAGGAUAGCUUCCCACGUGACUGGUACACCUAUGUGCUGGGGCAGCUUGCCUGGAGCGCAACUGACCAAAUGCCCGUUGAACAUGUGAUCUCUGAAGUGGCAGCCGACACUUUGUUAAUGAAUAGUUAUUCUCAGCUUACCAUGGCCUGUUCAUCAGUAUUUGAGUCACAAGAUGUCCACUCACCUGCCAGCUACCUUUAUAAAUAUUACAUUGGUAAUAUACCCUGGAAUGCUAUGUGGGACUGGUUAGCUGAAAACAAAGACUUACAGACGAUCGUAUUGAAAGCUUUUAGAUAUGGUUUUAAAUUAAUGAUGGACGAGGUACUGAUGAACCCAAUCACCAGCCAUGAAGAACUGAAAGAAUUCCUUGAGGACUAUGACCAAAAUUGGUUUAUUGGCUUAGAGUCAGAUCCUGACUGGAGCCGAGCUAUUUUGGCAGGAAAACCACAUCUGUUUUCUCUAGGGCACAACACCUCACAGGCAACAUACACCAGCCGAGUGUUGACCUUACAGGAUGUCAUGAUACAGGUGGGUCACCUGAACCCAGAAGUCGUACGUGGUCAAUGGGCCAACCUUAGCCUUGAGCUCCUCUAUUUCACCAAUGAUGAUGAGGAGCGUUACAGCAUCCAAGCCCAUCCGACCAUUCUUCGCAAUCUCACCGUCCAGGCCGCUGAUCCACCUCUUGGCUACCCAAUCUUUGCUUCAGACCCGAUAUCCAUACCAAUCCUUUGAAGAUCUCCUCAUCUGUUACAAAAGACAAAUUAAAGAACAAAAAAAAAUAUAUUUAAAACAAUAGUACAUAACAAAAAAUUUUAAUAAAACAAACAAAAUACUCCAGAAAUAAUAAUAGUAAUUAUUAUUAUUAUUAUUAGUAUUAUUAUUAUUAUUAUUAUUAUUAUUAUUAUUAUUACAAUGAUAUAAUAACAAUAAUAUAUUAAUUUAAAAACAAAAGACGUCUGAUUUGGUACAAAGCCAAUUUUAUACUGUAGAAAAUACAGUCAAUUGAAUUUAUCCCCUCAGUGAAUUUGGUGGUAUUUAAUUGGUUGAUGACGUACAAAGCCAACUCUGAUAGGGAUUGGAUUCAGAACAGUGAGGCAUCGAAAUGGAUACCAUAAACCGUUGGUGAGGGGUGGGGGGGAGAGCAUCUGUCUACAAUUUCUGACAUCACCACCACCAUUCUGUAAUAUUAGUAAGAACCAAGUAAAAUCAAAAAAGCAAUGUGCUGAAAAUUGUGCUUGAAUGCCGACUAUAUAUAUCAGUUGCAACUUUAAAUGACACACACACAGAACACUUUCCUCCUACACUACUAUGAUAGCUGGUGUUUUUUUGUUUUUUCACCUAAACAGAUAUGGCCUAAUCUUAUGCUGGUCAGAUGUAAGUGUAACAUAAGACAGAUGAACAGGUCAUUUGUUUUUGUUUUUUUUUAACAGAACAGUGUAUGUGUGUGUGUAUAAAACAAAACAGGAGAGUUUGUUCAUAAAUUUCAUGUAUUGAUGUGUGUGUGUAUGUAUGUAUGUAUAUAUAUAUAUAUAUAUAUAUAUAUAUAUAUAUAUAUAUGAUGAUAUGAUGUAUAAACUGUUAUCUUUUUCAUACUGGUGCAAUGUUGGGGUUUAGUUGUCUUUUCUUUAUCAAGUGUACUUAUGUGUGUGUGUGUGUGUGUGUGUGUGUGUGUGUGUGUGUGUGUGUGUGUGUAUACACACACACAUGUCGUCAUACACAAACUGUCUUUUUGUUGUGAACACAAGCAUUGAAUUUUUUUUGCCUACAUAGAUGUGUAUAUUUCAUAUGUAUGCAGGAUUUUAUUCCCAGAUAUAUGUGUGUGUGCAAGUCUAUAUAUAUAUGUUUAUGUUUGUUUAAAUAUAUACACAUAGAGAACAGUAAGUAGGUUGUACUCAAGAGAGCGAAAGUGUGUGAGAGAGAAUUCAAUACAGGUUAUUUGUAGAGUGAUAUUGCAGGAAUUGGAAGUUUUUAUUCUUUGUGAAAAAAUAUUUGGGUUGAAAACACACACACGCACACACACACACACACACACACACACUUAAGUGUGUGACAUUCAAUAGUUUUUCCUCACAUUGGUGUCUUUUUGUUUUGUUCAUUUUUGAAAUUUGGACAGCUGUAUAUAAUAUAUGAUACAGAAGCAUGUUUCUCAUCCACUAAUACAAUAAUUGUUUUAUUUAGACAGUUGCAUAGUUCUUUGUGUGUGUGUGUGUGUGCAUGUGUGUGCAUGUGUGUGAAAUGAUUGAUUAGUUUAUACAUUGGACCACUACCAGUUCCUGAGUUAUAAACGUUUUAUUGUGUCUCUUGAUAUAUCACUUUAUUUGACACACUUCAGUUCAUAUUGUUGUGGGUAGGUUGGGAAAGUUAGAGGCUGAUUCUUCUGAGAAUUCUACCUCUGGUAAAACAGAUUCCUAUCCAGAAGUUUUGUUUCCCAUCAGUUUUAUUGACCUCUGGUUCAUAGAGGCAUUAUUUUUUUUUCACAAUGCAUGUGUGUGUGUGUAAAUGUGAUUGUAAUUGUGGAUAUGUCUGCAUAUUUUCAUGUGCAUGUGUAAGGUGGCUUAUGCAUCCAUUGCACAGAUUAUAAUUUUCUGCCUGUGCUCUUGUUGUAUAGCCCCACUCAGUUGUGACCAAAUUAACUGAUGGCUGAAAUAAAGCCAUUUGAACACUUCAUGUUAACCCAACUAAUACUGUGAAAACUUUGACCACAAAAUCACAGUGGAAUUUAUAAUGAAAUUUCAAGAAAACUGCAGCAAUAUAGACUAAAAUACAAUUGACACUUGAGCAGGAAUUGAACACAAAAUACUAAUAUAACUAUCUUUUCAUUAACCUUUAACAUGCUUGGAGACAUCAUGGCACCAUAUGAAUUUUCUCCCCUGUAGCUGCAGGUGCAUAGAAAACUCAUAUGGCAACGUGAUGCAUUUACACUGUGCUAAAAGUUAAUCAUACAGUCCUUUCAAUAAUAUAUUGGCUUAUAUUUCUAAAUACAUGUUAAAUAUUGAUAAAAAUCUUAGACAUCAAUUAGCUUUUCCACUACAUCACUCCUUCACUUUUAUUAAUAGGUAGGUUUCCAUAUGAUACACAAUCCCAGCAUUGAGAAAACAUUAAGAAUGUGCUUAAUAAGAAAUUUAGCAACACAGUUUAAUGGUUAAUUUGAAGGUAGAGCAUUUUGUUAAGCUGAUUUUGCUUGAAACUUAAGAGACGUGUGUCUGUGGAAUGUUCAGCCUCUUACAUACUAAUUCAGUUGAUCAAAUAACUGAAUCCUUAUUGUCAAAACCAUUUACUUUACUGUUGGAUGAACUAUCAACUAGCUGAUAAGUCAUGGGUUAAAAUUGUCUGCAGAUUUUACUCUGAAUUGCUGGAACAAAUAUUUAACUUCAUACAUGCCUCAUGAAACAAGUAUUAGGUUUUCUGAGCAUGCUACCUGUGAUAAACUGUUAUCCUACAUCAGCGCUGGAGAGAUUUAUUUCUUCUCUCACAUGCUUAAUGCUGCAGAUCAGUCUUUAAGUAAAUAUUAGUUUUUAUGAAUUCCUGUGAAAUAUGGUGAUCAUUUUUUCAAAGGUUGGUUUAUUUACAUAGAAGCUCCCUUGUUGGAUGUGAAUAUGUUGUGUUAGUAUUGUACACAGUGAUGAUUUGAAUUGUGUGAGAGAAAAUUUGGUUGGUAUAUAAAUAAUUUGAAAGCCUCAUAAAAGCUCUCCCUCCCUCCCUCAGAAAUUAUAUCCUUUGAGAUACAAGCAUUGGGAAGUGGUGGAUGUCUUGAUACUUAAGAGAAUGUAGAUACAUAAUUAAGGAACGGUUUUUUUUUAUAUCAACAAGUUAAAUGAAGUCAUAUAAGCUCUCUCUUUUUCUCUCAUCAUUGUAUCUUGUCCUGUAAAUACAAGAUUUGUAAAAUUUGGUCUCAGCAUGAGUAGAGACUGUUGGGAGUGGGUUGUUUUUAAUAUUUUUGUAUGUGAGGGAAGGUGUGACUGUGUUGUUUUGACAGAUUCAGUGACUUGACAAAGAUGCUUCCUCCUCAUCUAAUAUGCUUGCAUUCACUGCAGUCAGGUAGGUGCUUUGGCUACUACUUCAUCUAACACUGCUCAACAAGUGCCCAUCCAGCAAUUGACUGAUAUAUCUCUCUCUAUAUAUAUAUAAUUCCAAACAAGAAAAUAACCUUUUCCCUUAAAUUCAGUUGAAGAGUUGUUCUUCACAGAAAAACUGUUUACUCAUUGCAACAAGAAUACAAAAAUUAAAAAGAACAAACUCUUUAGCAGUAUAAAUUCAAAUAAAGUUUAUCAAAAUUC